UGUUCAGAGCUAAAUUGGGCCAGUUACUCUUGACCCAAUAUCAGCAUACCAUUCUGCUCUUUAUUGGUUUUAAACUUUAGCCCAACGUAAGUAACCGUUAAUUUUAAAUUAAUCGUGGUAAUGGCCCCACAAUCUCUGCCACUUGGAAAGUUGGGGUUAUCCACGCAGACUGGGGAUGAAAAAUGGUUCCUGACACACGGCAAGUCUACACUGAUAACCCCAUAGGCUUCUAGACAAGCUCACCGUCGCCUUUCUCUUGCCCUUGCUGCUGCCGCUGCCGCUGCCGGUUUUCUCUGGCAGUAUUCUCUUUCUUUUAAACCCAUUAUGCUCUUCUUUGCUACUCUAACUAAUACCUAAAAAAGCAGACUUUUUUUUUUUCUUUAUACCUCCAGCCGGAAAGAAGACAAAACGAACCUUGAAGAAUCAACAGUUACUUCUCGCUUCAGACAUUUUCUCUACUUUUGCAUUAUUAAAACAAGAACUUCUCUUUUCUUUUUUCUUUUUUUCUAAAUUCGUGAGUCUUCCUUCUACUUGUUGGAAGGAUGCAUUCCUCGUCCAAGUUUGAGCGAGCAAGAACAGCCGCUACUCUCCAAUUUCCUAGAGGGUGUGGAAGCCAUGAUGAGAUUGAGGUGGACCCAGAUGAAAAUGUAAAUAGUUUUCAAAAUCUUGUCCCUGUAAAACCUCCUAGAAAGUACGUCCGCAAAAGGAGUGUUGAAGAAUUUUCACCCAAGCAAGAUUUUAACCCUUAUUGCAGGAACACAGAUUCUGGUGUUGAUUCCAAGAACAAGAUUUUCGCUGAAAGGAAGUUUUUUGAGUACAAGAAACAGCCAUUGGCUGACAAUGGUAGACCUUUAACGAACUGGAGUGACGAGGGUCCAAGCACUAGUAGGAAGAAAGUGAAGGAGGUUUUGAAAUUGUUCAAUGAGACACUGAAGACACUGGAAAAUGAAGUAAAGUCAAAAGGGAAAAAGUCUAACAUUUGCCUUCACAGGAAGGCAGCUAUGGUUCUUGGAAAGAAUAAAUGGGUUAACACAGCUAAACGGUUAGGGCCAGUUCCUGGCAUUGAGAUUGGUGAUAGGUUUCAUUAUAGGGCUGAACUAUAUUUAACUGGGCUUCACCUUCAGUUUCUGAAAGGAAUUGAUUACAUGAAGAAGGAUGGGAUUUUGCUGGCCACUAGCAUUGUUGCAACUGAUAAAUAUUCUAAUCUCAUGAAAUCAUCUGAUGUUUUGAUUUAUUCGGGUGAAGGUGGGAAUCCUAAGGUUCAAAAUCCUAAGAUUCAACCACUAAGAGACCAGAAGCUUGAAAAUGGAAAUCUUGCAUUAAGCAAUAGUAUGGAUCAGAAAAGACCUGUAAGAGUUGUUCUUACAGAAAGUAAGAGGUCUAAGGCAUCUAUUCAUACAGGUAGCGCUCGAGAAAAGCAGAACUUAGGCACCGGCUAUUUUUAUGAUGGCUUGUACUUUGUUGAGAAUGUAUCACAAGAAAGAGGGGAAUUUGGCAAGCUUGUCUUCAAAUUUAAGCUGAGAAGAAUUCCAUUGCAACCAGAACGAACUCCAGGAUUCGUAAUCAAAUCAGAAAAAUGCAAAUCCAUUAAAGACUGUCGAAUAGUGAAUGAUAUUUCUGAAGGCAAAGAGAAGAUGCCAAUUUCUGUAGUGAACACAGUUGAUGAUGAGAGACCCUCACAAUUCACUUAUAUUGCCUGCCUUGGGGAGCAAAUUAAAUCUUUAUCAAGUGGGUGUGAUUGUACUGAUCGAUGCUCAAGUUUUGACAAUUGUUCUUGCAUAUCAAAGAAUGGACAAGAAAUUCCAUAUAAUGAUUGCAAGCGUCUUGUUAGGAAAAGGCCAUGCAUAUAUGAAUGUGGUCAUUUCUGCAAGUGUUCUGAUUCCUGCCCUAAUAGGGUGUGCCAACUUGGCAUCCAGCUUCAACUUGAAGUGUUCAAGACUGAAUCAAAAGGAUGGGGGGUGAGAUCAAGAUCAUAUAUUCGAGCUGGAAGUUUUAUAUGCGAGUACGUAGGAAAAAUUGUUCAAGCCGAGGAAGCAUGCAGAAGGUUUGGCAGGGAGGACUACUUGUUUGAUAUAGGAGACAACUAUGACGAUCGCAUCAUUCGAGCUAAUCAUGUACCCCGACUUCGCAAUUAUGAGCAUUUGAGUUUAUGUAAGAAAGAUUGGGGAUUUAUGAUUGAUGCAGGGCAGCGUGGUAAUGUCGGAAGAUUCAUUAAUCAUAGUUGUUCUCCAAAUCUCUAUGUUCAGAAUGUCCUUUGGGAUCAUCAUGACAGAGGAAUACCUCAUGUAAUGCUGUUUGCCAAGAAGGACAUUCCUCCUUGGACAGAGUUGACGUAUGACUACAAUUGUAGGUUGGGAGAUUUUCGAUGUAUGAAUGGAAAUGUGAAGGCAAAGAAUUGUAUGUGUAAAUCUCCACACUGUGUUGGAAAGUUCCUCUGACAUACAAUUGUAUAGUUCUGCUGACAUAGAAUGCAGUUUUUGAACUUUAACGAAAUGACUACUGUGUUCCUCUUUAGGCC